UCAAUCCAAUAAAAACACACGGAUACGGCAAAAGAAUUUUUUCGGCCUAAGGGUUUUUGAAUUAUUACGAUUUAUUUAUAUAAACGUUAUUUGACGACAGUGUUUGUGAUUACCAAUUUGCAAUUGAAGAAUUUCAAGUUCAAGUGAUAUUCAAUUUCGGAAGAAUUUAAUUCUUGUUUUUGGACGGCUCGACUGUUGUUAAUCGGAAUGGCGUUUGAAGGAAGCAGGAUGAUGAAAGGGGAAGACUUUUCAGAAGAACAGUAUCUGCCUGUCAAUAAACGAUCUCGUUUGUCCUCCAAUUCAUCACCUUCACCUCUCAAUCAGUAGAGCUACAGGAAUAAUGAAUUUUCAAUCCCACCAUCACAGUACAAUCCACUUGGUGAGCCGAGUCCUUUAGGCCUGCAGCUAAGGAAGAGUCCUUCUCUGUUGGACUUGAUUCAGAUGAGGCUUUCCCAAGAAAGUACUAUUUCUCUUGCAAUGAGAGACCGUGAAAAUUUUUACUCUGGAGGAAAAAAAGAAAUAAAGGGGACUGCUUUAGGAGGCACAAAUGACAAGUUGAAAGCUUCAAAUUUUUCAGCUUCGCUAUUGAGGAUUGGUAGUUGGGAGUAUGUGUCAAGAUAUGAAGGUGAUUUGGUAGCGAAGUGGUACUUUGCUAAGCAUAAACUUGUCUGGGAAGUUCUUGAAGGUGGUCUCAAGAGUAAAAUAGAAAUUCAAUGGUCUGAUAUAAUGUCUGUGAAGGCAAACUUUCCUGAUAAUGGUCCUGCCUCUUUAACAGUUCUGUUGGCUCGCCAGCCUACUUUUUUCAGGGAGACCGACCCACAGCCAAAGAAACACACUCUUUGGCAGGCAACUUCUGACUUUACUCAUGGACAGGCUAGCAUAAAUAGGCAACAUUUUCUCCUGUGCCCUCCUGCCCUGUUAAACAAGCAUUAUGAAAAGCUGAUCCAGUGUGACGUGCGCCUUAAUAAUUUGAGCCGACAGACCAAAACAGUUAUGGAGUCACCAUAUUUCGACUCCCAACUUCCUGUUCUCAAAGAUCUAGAGCAAUCUAAAAACCAUGAAUUUAACCAACUGGCUGCUGCUAAAGGAUCUUCUUCAUCUGGCUUCCAAGAUGUAGUAUCUGCAGAUGCUUUACAAUCAUGUUCUGUGUCAACUGAAAAUGUCCCUAAAGAAGCUCUACCCCCCACCUUAGUGAUGGAUUUGCGUGCAACUGAAGGAAAUGGAAUUGCUGAAAGGUGUGAUUUUCAAGGACAAAAAAAUUGGGAACAAUUGAAUUCACCAGGUCUCCGUCCCGCAAUGUCAAUGGAUGAUCUUGUGAACCACAUUGGACAUUGUAUUUCAGAACAGCUGACUUCUGGAAGUUUACCUUCGGACGAGGCAUCAGAAUGCCAGGACAUGCUGGAAAACAUAGCACAGGAUUUGCUAAGCGACACUCAAUCUACAGCAGGUUUGGACGAGAAAUCGCUCAUGAAAAAGGUCAAUUCUCUCUGCUGCCUCCUGCAGGAUCCUGCUACAGCUUCCAGUGCAAAAAUUGAUGGAGAAAGUCAAUAUGCAGGCACUGAUUGUGGAAAGAAUUUUAAGUCUCCGCACAAGAAGGCCCAUAAUGGUAUUCUGGCUUUUGAGGAGGAUUUCAAGGAUGGAUCUGGUUUUAAGCAGGUACUUCCCAUGCCAAGAAUAGAUUCAUUUGGAGAUUUUCUGAUUAAUCUUCCACGAAUUGCUUCUCUUCCGAAGUUAUUGUUUGAUAUUGCAGAAGAUGAUGAAUGUCAAUCUAGGUAGUACCUUUUGCCUUAUGCAAUAUAUAUCAGUUAGUAUGUGGUGUUUGGUAUCUGAUGGAACCUUUGGCUGGUAUUUAAUUUGGGUAUUAUAUUUAUUGAUCAGCUCGAAAUGAUUUUAUCUAAAGCCUCUUCCAUGGUGUUUGAUCCAGAAAACUAUAAUGAACAAAAUUUUAGUUUUUU